UUUGAACGUAGACAACCUGAUGUAUGUGUCAUAUUAUGGCCAUUCAAGGCUCUGUCGUCACAAAAUAUCUGUAUUAAAACUAAUACUAUUAUUGUUAUAUGUUAUCGGUUACAUUUAAUUCUGUUAUUGACAGUGAAUAAUUAUUCUGUUGAAAAUUAAAAGUUUCUCUAUGUGCCAAUUGUUAUAAACAAACUAGCAAUGUUUAAAAAAUUUUCUGUGUAACAUUAAAAUAAUAUUAACUCCAAAACUUAAAAAAGUUAUUGAGCUAAAUAAAAAAAGGAGUUAAUUUUUUUAUUUAAAAAUGGAAGUUUUAAAUAAAUUGCGAAAUACCGUGAGUAAUACAAUAAGUAACACAGUGAACAGCACAGCUUACGGACUUUCUCAGCUGUCAAAUGUAUUACCUGGCAAUCCAGUGACACGAGAAUUUGAAGUAACAGCCCACAUCGCCAGCGCUGGUCCUGGUUUAUUAUGGAAAGUUUACAGUGGGUAUAAAAAAAGUACCAAACAACCAGCGGCAGUAUUUGUUUUCGAAAAAAAGCUAUUAGACAGAUGGUCAAGCAAACUGGAGCGUGAAACUAUUCUAGAAGCGCUGAAACGAGGAGUUACUCAGCUAACUAAGCUAAGACAUCCACAAAUUUUGACUGUUCAGCAUCCUCUUGAAGAAUCUCGAGACAGUCUUGCUUUUGCUACUGAACCGGUGUUUGCUAGCUUGGCAAAUGUUCUAGGUAAUAUUGAAAACGUUUCCCAACCAGUUCCUAAAGAUUUGAAGGAUUAUAAACUACUGGACGUUGAAAUAAAGUAUGGAUUACUUCAGCUUGGAGAAGGAUUCACAUUUCUUCACACUGAUGUCAAACUUUUACACAGAAAUUUGUGUCCAGAAUCAAUUGUUAUUAACAAGAAUGGCGCUUGGAAAAUAUUUGGCUUUGAUUUUUGUGCUUUAAAUCAAAGCCCGAAUGAUAAAGAGCCAUCUUGGUCUUACGUUGAAUAUGAUCCCAACGUAUCAUCAAUAGGUCAAGCUCAUUUGGACUAUCAAGCGCCAGAAUGUAUUAUUGCAGGAAGUUGCAGUCCUCCGAGUGAUAUAUUUGCACUCGGACUGCUUAUUUACACCUUAUACUCACCUGGAAAUCGACCAUUCAAUGAUUGCCAUGGAGAUGCAUCAAAGUGUCGAAGAUUUUUCGCUGAUUAUAAAACAUCAGUAGCAGCUUCAAAGCUUAAUUUAAUUCCAGAAAAUCUCCGAGGGACUGUAAAAUUAAUGUUGAGCAGUAAUCCAGAGCUUCGACCUGACGCUCACCAGUUUUUUAAAAUAGAAUACUUUAACGACAUUGGAGUUAAAACUUUAAACUAUCUAGAAAAAUUAUUUCAAUGGGAUAAUCUUCAGAAAUCUCAAUUUUACAAAGGACUUCCACAAGUGAUGAAACAAAUGCCGCAUAGAGUUGUUUUGCACCGAGUUCUCCCGUGUCUCUACAAAGAAUUUGUAAAUGCUCCGAUGAUUCCUUUUGUACUACCAAGUAUUUUACAAGUCUUAGAAGAAUGUACUGUUGAUGAAUUUACGGAGUAUAUUCUUCCGAAUAUAAAACCUGUUCUAGCCAUGGAAGAUCCACCGCAGAUAAGUCUCGUUAUUAUUCAACGUAUUGACAUUCUUCUCAAACUUUGCUCAGCAAAUGUUAUAAAAUCCGAUAUCGUGCCGAUGCUCACUCGUGCAUUAGAUUCACCUAUGGAACAACUUCAAGAACUUUGUCUCGCUGCGCUACCAUCGAUUGCUAUGUUGAUUGAUGGUCCAACUAUGAAAAAUGUUAUUCUUCCAAGGAUUAAAAAAAUCUGUGUAAAAGGAACUGGUCAUACUACAAGUCUAAGUUUACGAGUUAAUUGUUUGUUAUGUUUAGCAAAAAUGUUAGAACACUUGGAUCGAUGGAUUGUGCUUGAUCAAAUUCUACCAUUUCUUCAAGAAAUACCUCAUUCUGGCGAGCCAGCUGUACUGAUGGCAAUAAUAGGGAUAUAUAAAUUGGUUUUAACUCACAGUAAAUUGGGAAUUAAUAAAGAAAUCCUAGCUACAAAAGUACUACCAUAUUUAUUACCACUCUGCAUAGAGCAAAGCUUGAGUCCGUCGCAAUUUGAAAUAUUGGCUUCUUUAGUGAACGACAUGGUGAAUCGUGUAACAACAGAGCACCGUGAAGCAUUGCGACAAUUAGAUGGAGUUCGCCGUGAAGCACAACAACUUGAUGAAACCUUGAAACAAACGAUAAAUCCAUCGACUGUUGAUGUAUUAAAUGAUGUUUUCCCAUCAAAUAAAAUAUUAUCUCCGCAGUUACCUGCAACAACUCCUUUGAAAGACAGCAAAGGAUUGACGUUAGAAGAAAAACACAGAUUCGCACAGCAACAAGAAGCAAAUCAUCGAUUACAUAUACAAAGCCCACUGACUCCGCAACCACCAACACAACCCAAAAAAAUAGAACCUAAAGAUUUAACCAGCACGCUUCUAGAAAACAAUAUCAGUCAAUUGAAUCUGUCAGCAAGCAAACCUGCCCAACCUAAUUACACUAACUUUACAUCACCGUCUUGGGAUACUAAUGUUAAUCAAAACCAGUGGAAGAAUACAACUUCAUCAAUGCCUAUGUCAUUGUCCUCAAAACCUUCAAAUACACCAAUGAAUUGGAAUUUAAACGGAGUGAAUAGUUCAAUUAAUUGGGGUACACAAUCUACAAUGCCUGUUAAUCAAAUGUCUAAUUGGAAUAAUUCUAAGCCACAGAUAAGUAAAAAUAAUUCUGAUUCUAUUGGAAUAGGUUCAAUGAAUUCUAUGAUGAUGCCAAUGACCUCAGAGACAUUUAAUAAUGUGCAACAAAAAAAACCUGUUAAUUUGACUACCCAAGAUAUUAUUGAUUUUCUCAGUGAAUAAAAUUUUGUUAAUUUUUUUGUA